AUGUCCGCAAUUGCACAAGAUGAGGUGCAAGAUUCCUCACCACCGCACCACGACGUGCCCCAACAUGCUGCUACUACUGCCGCUACUCCCCAAGAUCUUCAACUCAUUUGGAAAUGGAACGAGGCUGUUCCAGAGACGGUGGACGGCCGCGUCCACGAUCUCAUCACGCAGAGGGCACAAUUGCAGCCCGACGAGCAGGCUAUCUGCGCUUGGGACGGAAACUGGAGCUAUCGCGAGCUUGAUGAGCGCUCAACUAAUCUGGCACACCGACUCGUCCACAUGGGCAUCGGCCCUGACAUCAUUGUUCCCCUCUGUUUCCCAAAGUCAAAAUGGACCCCGAUUGCGAUGCUUGCUGUCAUGAAGGCCGGUGGUGCAUCAGUCGUUCUCGAAACAAGUCUACCCAGCGACCGGCUAUAUAGCAUUGUGCAACAAGUCGAACCGAUUUUAAUACUUUCCUCCUCUAUGACCACUGAGCUUGCCGCGCAGCUCACCCCACGGCCAGUCAUAAUUGUCGACGAGGCCAGCACCACCCCCGAUGUCACUAGCAUAUUGCCAGAGGUACAGCCACGGAACAUUCUCUACCUUGUCUUCACUUCUGGCAGUACCGGUACCCCCAAGGGCACUGUAAUUACCCACUCCAACUUUUGCAGCGCGAUUCACCACCAGCGGGCCAUAUUAGGCUACUCCAGUUCCUCGCGAGUGUACAAUUUCACUAAACACUCCUUUGAUGUAACUUGGUCUGAUUUCAUCUUCACUCUGACUGCGGGUGGCUGCCUCUGUAUUCCCUCUCAACAAGACGCCAUGAGCAACCUCGCUGGCUCAAUACUGGCAUAUAACGCAAACUUCAUAAAUAUCACACCAUCAGUUGGCAGCAUGAUACGGCCAUCCGACCUCAAAGGCACAUUAAAGCAAGUAGUUUUCGCCGGUGAGGCUUUGCCAAGCCAUCAGGCUCUGGAGUGGGCACAACAUACCCGCGUCAUUAAUUUGUACGGCCCGGCCGAAUGUACAGUCGGGAUUACUCUGGCUGUGAUAAAUGAUAUUGCCAAUAUAGACUCCUCUUCCGCCACUAUCGGCCACGGUAUUGGUUCGUGCAGCUGGAUUGUCGACCCGUCCUGUCAUGAUAGCCUGGUGCCUGUUGGAGCCGUUGGAGAAUUGCUAACGGAAGGACCAGUUGUGGGAGCUGGAUAUUAUAGAAAUGCUGAGAAAACAGCUGCAGUGUUCAUCGAAAACCCAAAAUGGCUGUUGGAUGGACCGCCAGGAGGCUCGGGACGGCCGGGACGAUUAUAUAAGACUGGUGAUCUUGUACGAUAUGAGGCGAAUGGACAACUUGCUUACCUGGGCCGAAAAGACCUGCAAGUUAAGAUUAAUGGCCAGCGUGUGGAACUGGGUGAUAUUGAACAUCAUGUGCGGGCGCAUCUCGCCGAAAGCACGGAUGUAGGGGUGGCUGCCGAGCUCGUAGCUCCGCGUGACAGCGAUAGACCUCUACUCACUGCCUUCCUGCAAAUAUCAACACCAGCUGCCAGACAAGGUAGAGACGGGCUGGAAGGGGAGUUGAGGAGAGUCAUCGAUGGACUCAACAAUCGAUUAGCCGCCCAAAUACCGGCAUAUAUGAUCCCUUCUGUUUACAUCCCACUGGAGGUCUUUCCGAAGAAUGCCAAUGGCAAAAUGGAUAGACGGAAACUGAGAGAAAUGUGUGAAACCUCUUCAAUGCAGGAGCUCAUGGCCUGGGGCUCGCCUCUUCCCGAGAAGAAAGAGCCAACCACGCGCAUGGAAUUCCGUCUACAAGGCCUCUGGUCUUCUGUUCUUGGCCUUGAUAUCAGCAACAUCGGUGUCAACGACAGCUUUUUGCGACUAGGCGGGGAUUCUAUUGCAGCCAUGAGAUUAGCUGGAGCCGCGCGAGAGCAUGGUCUGUCGCUUACUGUCGCCGACAUCUUCAACCACUCGGUACUGCAGGACAUGGCAGGUGUCGUUGGCGAGCUUCCCGCAACUAGCAGCUUCAUCCAGCCUUACGAAUUACUGAAAGACCAUACUGAGGUGGCAGUUAUGAGAAGCCAAGUUGCUGGCGCCUGCGGAGUCAACGCAGCUGAGAUUGAGGACGCCUUUCCCUGUACACCACUCCAAGAGGGUUUAAUCGCCCUGACAGCAAAGAAUCCAGGCGACUACGUCUCUCGUCAUGUAUUCCAGCUGCAACCCACAGUGGAUAUUAAACGUCUCAAGAGGGCGUGGGAGGAGGUUGUUGCGAUGACACCUAUUCUUCGGACACGUAUUGUCAACCUUAACCAACAAGGGCUGGUGCAGGUAGUCCUAAACCAGCCCGUAAAAUGGGCGUCCAAGGGUGGCGAAAUGGACCUUGCGAAAUAUCAGAAAGAGGAUGGGGAGCUUACCACAGGCCUGGGUACGCCCCUGGCUCGGUUUGCACUAUUAGAAGAGUCGUACGGUGAGGAGGUUAGCCGGUUUUUUGUGUGGACGAUACACCACGCGCUUUACGACGGGUGGUCUAAGCCGCUUCUUUUGGAGCGGCUUGCUCAAGCCUAUGCCGGCGAGGGAACGCUACAGACCUCGCCUCAAUUCCAGGGCUUCGUAAGACAUAUCUUGGGCAUGCGGCAAGACGAGGCGACCAAGUUCUGGCUUACCCAAUUUGAGGGUUCUGAGGCGCAGACCUUUCCGAACCUGCCGUCGCCGCGCUAUCAGCCGAGAUCUGAUAAGAUGCUGACGCACGCCAUCAGUGAACUACAGUGGCCGAAGAUGAUGGGCGUGACUGCGUCGACCAUGUUGCGAGCUGCCUGGGCUAUCAUCACCUCAUGUUAUACCAAUGCUAACGAGACCGUGUUUGGUGUCACGGUGAGUGGUAGGCAGGCAGCCUUGCCGGGCGUAGAGCAGAUGACGGGCCCAACCAUCGCGACGGUGCCUGUCCGGAUUGUUCUAGACAAGCGAAAGACUAUCCAAGAGCUGCUUCUUCAAAUCCAGACACAGGUCGUUGACAUGACGGCGUUUGAACAGACUGGUCUGCAGCGGAUUCGGCGAAUCAGCCCCGAGGCUGAGAGAGCCUGUGACUUCCAAACGUUGCUCGUCAUCCAGCCAGCUGCGGACCAGAAAGAAAAGGCCACCCAUGAUAGUCUUUUCGCGCCCCACAGUGAUAAUGAUCACUGGUCCCUCGAUGACGAAAUGGCAGAAUUCCGCACGUAUCCGUUGUCCCUGGAAUGCUACCUUGAAGAUCAAGGCGUCGUCUUGCUGAGCAGAUUCGACUCUGCCGUGCUGAAUGACGACCAAGUAGCCAUUCUGGUGAGGCAGCUCGAACAUGUUGUCCGCCAGCUAUGUAGUGCUGAAUCUGCUGAGGCAAAGCUGGAAGACAUCCUCUUGGUCGGUCAGGAGGACCUCCAGCAAAUGUGGCACUGGAACUCGGUAGUGCCCGAUACUGCCGAUGGUGUCGUUCACGAUCUAAUCACCAUGAUGGCGAAGCAGCAGCCAGAGGCACAGGCCGUGUGCGCGUGGGAUGGCGAAUGGACGUACCGCGAGCUUGAUGAGUUAUCGACCCGCCUGGCUCACCACCUCGUCACUCUAGGGGUCGGCCCAGAGGUCAUCGUCCCGCUGUGUAUUGAGAAGUCAAAGUGGAUGCCCGUGGCCAUGAUGGCCGUAAUGAAGGCUGGGGGUGCGUCAGUCGCCGUCGACUAUGCGCAGCCGGAGGAUCGACUCAACAGCAUCGUGAAGCAGACCAAAACACCAACACCGACGACAAAAACACAAACAAUUCCAUCACUGACAUCAACCGCCGCGGCAGAAACACCGCUGCCCGUUGUCAAUCAAUCCAACACGCUCUAUGUCGUCUUUACAUCUGGCAGUACUGGCGCCCCCAAGGGCGUCGUCGUCACUCACGCAAACAUCACUAGCGCCAUUCGACAUCAGCGUGAAACCUUAGGAUUCACUAGGCAAUCACGAGUCUACGAUUUUGCAUCGUACAUGUUUGAUGUGGUCUGGUGCAAUCUUCUUCAGGGCCUCUCUGCCGGAGGCUGCAUCUGUAUUCCAAGUAACGAUGAUCGCCGCAACGACCCUCUUGGCGCCAUCAUUCGUCUUGGCGCCAACACGGCCAUCUUCACGCCGUCCACCAUUCGCGGGCUUGACUUGCAGUCUCUCAAAGGCUUGCGCCAUGUACACUUCAUUGGCGAAGCUCUCUCAGCUGACGAUGUUGGCGGCUUGCAUCCGGAGAGCGCCGUGACCAACUUGUACGGCCCUACGGAGUGUACAACGUUUAGCACUGCCCAACAAGUCACCACCAACAAAGCUUCAAAUUCCGACGAACGUCAACGCAUAGGUAUCGGCCUAGGCCUGGGUCUGCGCACAUGGCUGGUGCAGCCGUUUGAUCACUCCAAGCUUGUCCCUCUGGGAUGUGUCGGUGAGCUUCUGCUGGAAGGCCCUCUCGUGGCGGCCGGCUACCUUGGGGAGGAGGAAAAGACCGCGGCCGCCUUUAUCAACGACCCAGCCUGGCUCUUGGACGGAACUCCCAAUCACUCCGGCCGCCACGGACGUCUGUACAAGACUGGAGAUCUUGCACGAUAUGAUGCAGAUGGAACCCUGAUGUUCCUUGGGAGAAAGGACUCGCAGGUCAAGAUAAAUGGUCAGCGUGUGGAACUGGGCGACGUUGAGCACCACAUCCAGUCCAGCAUUUCACACAGACAGGACGUAAAUGUUGUAGCAGAGGUUAUGAAGCCCAGAGACACUAGCAAUUCGAUCCUUGUAGCCUUCAUCCAAGUUGACAUCGCGUCUGAGCCCAGAGAUGAAAAAGCUAUGCAGAAUGAACUCGCAAAAAUUACAGCUGGACUUGCCGACAGACUUCUGGCACGGGUGCCGGCUUACAUGGUCCCAUCGGCUUACAUUGCACUCAACGAAAUCCCCGUCACGCCAACUGGCAAGAUUGAUCGCCGCAGGCUCCGCGCCAUUGGUCAACAGUGGACUCUCGAGAGCCUCGUGAGAACCAACUUGCCCUUGUCUUCCGAGCGACCACAGCCCUCUACCGUUACCGAGAAGCGCUUGCAGAGUCUCUGGGCGGCUGUUCUAGGCUUAAAUGCCGACAGUGUUGCUGCAGACGAUAGUUUCUUGCGCAUAGGAGGCGAUUCUAUUGCGGCCAUGAGGCUUGUGGCGGCAGCUCGUGAGCAGAAUCUUACCCUCUCGGUGGCCGAUGUGUUCCAGCACCCGCUGCUGAGCGACUUGGCUACCGUAGUUUGUGAAGAAGCUGUCGGUACUAGCGGCAAAAACGCCCAUCAAAAUGAGCCGUUUACGCUUCUAAACUCAGGAGAGGACCUCGAAUCUCUCAAGGAGCAAAUCGCAGCUAAGUGUAAUGUCGAGGCGAGGCAAGUUACCGAUGCGUUUCCCUGUACACCACUUCAGGAGGGCUUGCUUGCUUUGACUGCCAAGCGACCUGGCGAUUAUGUUGCGCGAUUCAUCUACCCACUCCUGCCCAGUGUAAGCCCUGAACAGUUUUUUAAAGCCUGGGAGGCUGUUGUUUCCGCAACGCCCAUCCUACGGACUCGAAUUACAGAUCUCGGUGAGCGUGGCUUAGUUCAGGUCAUUGUCGACGGACCUAUUAGUUGGUCUCGGAAGGAUGAAUUAAUGAGCCUCAAAGAUUACGAAAUGGUUGACAGGCAGCUCACCACCGGCCUGGGCACACCUAUGACACGAUUCGCUGUGCUUCAAGACCCAGUUGAUGGCAGUCGGUUCUUUGUCUGGACCAUUCAUCAUGCUCUCUACGACGGCUGGUCGAUUUCCUUAAUGCUGAAUAAGCUUGAAGACGCGUAUUCUUUGAAUGAAGGCAGCGCCCUCCCUUUCUCCCCUCCCCUUCAAACCUUUGUCAACCAUAUCAUGGACAUUGACCAGAGUAUCGUCGCCACGUACUGGGGCGAGCAAUUUCAGGGUUCUGAAGCUCAGAUUUUCCCGUCACUUCCGUCUGUCACGUACCAGCCAAUGUCAAACGCCUUCAUCAAGCAUCGUAUCCAGGAAUUAAAAUGGCCAAAGUCUGAUGUAACGCCCUCCAUGGUGAUACGGGCAGCAUGGUCACUUUUGGCUACAAAGUAUACCGAUAGCUCUGAUACUGUUUUCGGUGUCACUGUUUCUGGACGACAGGCUAGAGUACUUGACGUUGAGCGAAUUAUUGGGCCGACAAUUGCUACAGUUCCUGUGAGAGUCGCUUUUGAGUGGACAGAGAUGACUGCAGAGCAACUCUUACGUCAAGUUCAGGCCCAAGCAGUGGAGAUGACGGAGUUUGAACAGACGGGACUGCAACGCAUCCGCCGCGUAAGUGCGGAAGCUGAAAGAGCGUGUGGAUUCCAGACUUUGCUCGUUGUGCAUCCCGUUGAGGAUGAGGAAGAGAAGAAUACGAGUAGCCGCUGGUUUAUUAGCAGACGGGAUGAAAACGGAGAGGACGACACUAAUGUGACUGAGUACGACACCCACGCUCUGACAAUCGAGUGUAGUUUGGAACGCCAGGGGCUGAGACUGCGUAUUGCGUACGACGCCAACAUCCUGGACGUUCAACAUGUUAAGAGACUGGCUACCCAGCUUGAGCAUAUUAUUCGACAACUGUGCGCCCCCGAAAAUGCUAGCAAGAGUCUGUCCAGCAUAGACAUGGUGAGUGCCCAAGACAUGCGGGAUAUUUGGGAAUGGAACGACACCUGCCCUGAAGCUCUUGACGCUUGCCUUCACGAUAUGAUUUCGAAGACAGCUCGGAUUCUUCCGGAUGCGUUAGCCGUGAACGCCUGGGAUGGUGAUUUCACUUAUCGCGAGUUUGACGAUUUAUCUACUCGUCUUGCCUACUAUCUCGUUUGUAUUGGCGUCGGCCCCGAGACUAUUAUUCCCCUUUACUUUGAAAAGUCUAAGUGGACCCCAAUUACAAUGCUGGCUGUUAUGAAAGCAGGUGGCGCAUCGGUUUUGAUGGACUCGUCCCAACCGCAGGAUCGUCUUCGAGCCAUCAUCGACCAGAUCAAGCCUGUUGUGGUGGUAUCCUCUUCGAGCAAUGCGGAGCUGGUAAGCAAACUCACGAACACACCGAUUAUUAUUGUGAGCAGCAAACAUUUAGAGCGAAUUUGCGGCGAAAAACUUCUUGAACGGCUUCCCCAGGUCCAGCCGUGGAAUAAAGCAUACCUGAAUUUCACGUCGGGCAGUACCGGUACACCCAAGGGUGCCAUACUCACCCACGCCAAUGUGUGCAGCGCCGUACGUUAUCAGCAGCUUGCCCAGGGAUAUACCCCUGAUGCCCGAGUCUACGACUUUACCUCGUACGCUUUUGAUACAGCAUGGAACAACUUCAUGCACACCUUUACGAUUGGUGCCUGCUUGUGCAUCCCAUCCGAAAGUGAACGUAGAGACGACCUGGCAGGAUCCAUCGAGCGAUUCAAGCCUACAAUCCUCGACAUCACCCCAUCUGCCGCGACGACCUUACAGCACAGCACCAUUCAGUCUCUGCGCACGUUAAUUCUAGGUGGUGAGAGGCUAUCUGCAGAGUAUUCCGAAAGAUGGAGAGCACUCGUUGACUUGAAGCUAUGCUACGGGCCGUGUGAGUGCACACCCACGGCAACCGUUGCCACUAUUGAUCGCAGUAUUCACAGCGAACCGACGAUUGGACGUGGGAUUGGCAUUCUGUGUUGGAUUGCCGAUGCCAAUAAUCAUAAUAUACUUGUUCCAAUUGGCGCAACUGGUGAGCUUGUCCUAGAAGGCCCUCUUGUCGGCAAUGGCUAUCUAGGCGACGAAGCAAAGACCAGUGCAGGCUUCAUUCAUAACCCUCCGUGGCUACUACGUGGCAGAGCUGGAAAGCCUGGACGUAAUGGUCGCCUUUACAAGACUGGUGACCUCGUGAGAUACAACUCUGAUGGUACUCUUUCAUAUAUCGGCCGAAAGGAUGCUCAGGUCAAGAUAAACGGUCAGCGAGUCGAGCUUGGUGAAGUCGAGAAUCACAUGGCUCGUCAUCCACUUACGCGCCAGUCUGCGUCCUUAUAUCCUCACUCAGGCCCUUGCGCCAAGAAGUUGGUAGGAGUCUUUAGUUUGGAGGGCAUUCAUAGGGAUGACAAUUCCCCCCCUAUCGAACUUGUUGGCGCAGAUGGUGCCACUGCUGUUCAGGAGCACAUUCACGCGUUACAGAGUCUGUUAGGUGAGGCUCUGCCCUCAUACAUGAUCCCAUCUAUUUGGGUGGCUCUUAAAGACAUUCCUUUGAAUCCUUCAGGCAAGCUUAAUAGGCGUGCUGUUGAGGACUGGCUGCUCCGUAUGGACUCGGAAACGUUUGCCAGAAUCAACAAUACGGGCCUCUCACCUGCAGCCCGUAAGCCUGAGACAGACUCUGAGCGUAUCCUUUGUGACGCUUGCAGCGUUAUUCUGAAUACCCCCCUUUCCGAGAUAAACCUACAACGCUCCUUUGUUGCCAAUGGCGGCGACUCCAUCUCGGCCAUGCGUCUCUCGUCCUAUUGUCGCGUCGCCGGCCUUAUCUUCUCAGUAAGCGUGCUGCUAAAAAGCAAAUCGCUUGCCGAUGUGGCCCAGCUAUCUACAAUUGCCACGGAUGCUACAGUCAGUCGCAGCAAGGAAUAUAGAGAGGACUUUGACAAGGCCUUUACGCUGUCGCCUAUUCAGAAAUGGUUUUUUGCCCAAACACCUUCUGAAGAUGUCACCAAGGAGGACUACUAUUGCAAUCAGGGGUUCUACGUGAAGGUUUUUCGCCCCGUCUUGACCAAACAUGCCUCUCUGGCCAUUGAUAUGAUUGUCAAUCGGCACUCUAUGCUUCGCGCUCGGUUCGAACGUUCCAAGAGCGGUUGGAUGCAGCGUGUUCCUAAACCAAUUGAUGCUGUUUAUCAUUUUGGCUCUUCAGAUGCCCAGUCUAUACAUGAAAUCAAGGCAAGCACGACCAAGAUCCACAAAAGCCUAGAUAUUGAACGUGGUCUAGUUUUCGCAGCAGACCUAUACAAUUUACCAUCUGGAGAUCAAUAUCUAACACUUAUCGCACACCACUUGGUCGUUGAUCUUGUUUCGUGGCGUAUCAUACUAGAUGACCUUGAGACCUUGCUUACUGGGAAGAAAACCUUGGAUAGCUUUCCCUUCCAGGUCUGGAGCGAGUUGCAAACCAGCGAGGCUCAGUCCUCUAAAUUCGCGCCGGAUAGAGUCCUCUCUACUAAAAACGUGCACAAUAACCACACAUUCUGGAACUUCACCGAACAUACCUCAAAUACUGCCACAGACCACAUUGAAAAGAAGCUGGAAGUAGAUAAGGCUACGACAGCCCUGCUACUAAAGGACGCCAAUACUGCAUUCAAUACUGAGCCUAUUGACUUAAUUCUUUCCUCUAUUUGGGAUGCCUUUUUUUAUGUAUUCCCUGAACGAGAGGGCCUUUCUAUUUUCAACGAAGGCCAUGGCCGCGAACCUUGGACAACGGAUGUUGACUUGUCCCGCACUGUUGGCUGGUUCACGACAAUCAGUCCUAUCCACAUUUCUCGCAGCGAUGGAGACAGCCGUGCUAAUAUCACAAGGCUAGUCAAGGAUGCACGGAGGCGGCUACCCGCUAACGGAUGGGCCUACUGGGUAUCAAGACACCUAAACGACCAAGGCAUAGCGGCCUUUGAGUCUCAUGCUUCAACAAUGGAACUGCAAUUUAACUAUCACGGCCAGUUUCAGCAGCUAGAGCGUUCUGACUCUCUCUUUGAAGUGGUCAACUUUGAUGAUAGCGUAUCGCAAGUUGGGCCGUUGCUACCAACAUCAGUUUUAUUCGAUAUUAACGUUGUCAUUGAAGCUGGGAUAACCAAGUUCUCUUUCUCCUGGAACCGACAUCUCGCUCAUCAAGACUUAAUUCAGGCGUGGGUAGAACAGAUUAAUACCUCGCUGCAAGCGAUCUGCUUUGAGCUCUCCAACAGGCGUCCCGAGCGCACUCUUUGCGAUUAUGAAUUUCUCAACCUUGACUACAGAGGACUUGACGAGCUGCAUGGUAACGUUUUAAGCCGUAUUGAGGCUCUUAAUGACACGCAAGUCGAAAAUAUCUACCCAUCUUCUCCCAUGGUGGAUGGAAUUCUUCUCAGUCAAAUGAAAGGGACAGGCUCAUACGAAACUUCCCAAACAUGGGAAAUACGGCCUCGUGGAUCUCUCGUAAUUAAUGUCGGCGCUUUAGCUGAUGCAUGGCAAGCCGUCGUCGCUCGACACCCCUCUUUACGAACCGUCUUUAUUCAUAGUAUGGAUGCAUCUGCUGCGUUCAACUCUGUUGUGCUCAAGUCCUGCCGUGGGGAUGUUGUCCUUGUCGAAAGCAACAGCCUCGAAUCAGCACUUGAAAUAUUUAAGGAACUCCCGAGCAUUGACUACACACAGGAUAAGCCGGCCCAUAGAUUGGUGCUGUGCACUAUAUCCGGUGAUAAUCGCGUCAUUUGCAAGAUUGAAAUGAGCCACGCUAUUUCCGACGGCGCUUCAACAGCUAUCACGAUGCAGGACUGGGCCAAAGCCUACUCAGGCGAACUAAAUGUUGAGGAGCUCAGGAGCAUUAGCCACGGGUUUUCUCAGACCCUUAUGUCCGUGUCCAAGGCUGACAGGAUGGCUUACUGGACGAAGAAACUAUCUGCUAUGGAGCCUUGCCACUUCCCAAGACUGGCCGAAGCCAUGUCGACGGCUGAUAAGCAUGCUACCGGAGUGGCUACCUUGGAACUCGGUGAUGAAACUUUCCACCACAUUCAGCAAUUCUGCGAAGCUCAGUCAAUCACACCUGCCAGCUUGUUUCAGAGCGCCUGGGCUCUUACCCUAUCUGCCUACACAGGUUCUGACUCAGUCUGCUUUGGAUAUCUUUCGUCUGGCCGAGAUUUUCCUGUUAAGGGUAUUAUGGAGUCUAUCGGUGCGUUUGCUAACGUCAUGAUAUGUCGUACCAAUAUAUCUCGAGAAUGGAGUGGGCAGGACUUGAUCAGUCAUGUCCACAAUCAAGUCUUGGAGGACCUUGGCUUCCAGCAUUGCUCUAUUGCUGAUAUCCAGCACGAGCUAGGCCUACCCUUCGGCCAGAAUCUCUUUAAUUCUAUUAUAUCCUUCCAAAGGGAUAGUGAUAGCUUAUCUGAAGGCAUGGUGACGGAAGAUCUGGUGUUUGCUGACCUUGAAUGGGAAGAUCCGACCGAAUAUGACAUCACAAUCAGCAUCAGACACACUGACACUUUGGUCUGCUUCACAGUUGAUCACCGACUAUCUUGCGUAUCCAAUGAUCAGGCGCGGAGUGUUGUUUCGCUUCUAGAAAAGGUGGUCAAAUUCCUCGUUAGCGAUGGCAGAGCCGGCUCCGCAGCUGUCAACAAACCACAAAAUCAACUGUCUGCAAUGGAGAACAUCAGUGAGAGAGAUUUGCAAGACAUUUGGGGGUGGAACAAAACAGUACCUGAAGCGGUUCAUGGACUGGUACAUGAUAUUAUUGCGAAGGUGGCCCAGAAAAACCCUUAUGCCUCCGCUAUCUGUGCCUGGGAUGGCGAUUUAAGCUAUACUGAGUUGAAUGGUAUUGCUACUAAACUCGCGCAUCAUUUGGUUACUCUGGGCAUUGGGCCAGAUGUCGUUGUACCUUUAUAUUUUGAGAAAUCAAAAUGGAUGCCUGUCGCGAUGCUUGCUGUUAUGAAAGCAGGCGGUGCGUCCGUAGCUCUAGAUAGAACUCUUCCAGAGGAACGUCUACGCAGCAUUAUUCAGCAGGUCAAUCCUGUAGUCAUUCUGACAUCAGCGGCAAAUGAGGAGAUGGCAAAGCGUCUUGCAGACUGUGUCACGGUGCCUGUGAGCGAGGCUCAUCUUGCGAAGUUAAGCACGUCCUCCACUUCCCUACCGGAUGUCAAGCCGAUCAAUAGGUUGUAUAUCGUCUUCACAUCUGGCAGCACUGGAGUUCCCAAGGGCGUGGUAAUCACCCAUUCUAAUUUUUGUAGCGCUGUUCGCUACCAACAACAAGCUUUAGGUUUUAAGAGCACAUCGCGCGUGUACGAUUUCGUCAAGUAUGCCUUUGAUGUCACUUGGUCUAACUUUUUGCACACUAUGACAUCGGGCGCCUGCUUGUGCAUCCCUUCGGAAUACGAGACUUCUAAUAAUAUCACUGGCUCCUUGAUAUCAUAUAGAGCAAAUUUUGCCGAUUUAACACCAUCCGUCGCAAGCACUCUGCGCCCAGCCGAUCUCACCACUCUGGAUCACUUGCUUUUUAGUGGUGAGGCAUUGACAACCCAUCUUGCUGCACAGUGGGCUGAACAGGCGACUGUCUUAAACACCUAUGGUCCUGCAGAGUGCAGUGUUAAGGCAACCUUCGCUAUGGUGGGCAAAGCUGAUGCGUCUGCUGCUAGCAUAGGCUCAGGAUUUGGCAUGUGCACCUGGGUUGUGCAUCCCACUAACCAUAACAUGCUUGUGCCAAUUGGCGUCGUUGGUGAACUUCUACUUGAAGGGCCUCUUGUCGGCGCAGGGUACCUGGAUGAUGCUGCAAAAACCCAAGACGCCUUUAUCGAAAACCCGGCUUGGCUCGUUGACGGAGCGCGGGGGCGCAGAGGGCGGCUAUAUAAGACAGGGGACUUGGUGCGAUAUAAUAUUGACGGAAGCAUGACCUUUAUAGGCCGCAAGGAUGCUCAGGUUAAAAUUAAUGGCCAGCGAUUAGAACUUGGCGAUGUUGAGCACCACGUCUGCAAUAAUAUCGCCUACCACGCGCCGGUCCGGGUCUUUGCUGAAGUUAUCAAGCCUCAGCAAAGCGACAAAUCCAUACUCAUGGCAUUUAUUCAUGUCGAGGACGGGCCAGCAAUGACUACUUCGCAACGCGCCAAGCAGACUGGCAAGAUUACAGCUGGCCUGAACGAGAGACUCUCUACACAAAUUCCUAGUUAUAUGAUACCGUCCGCUUACCUAUUACUGGAUGAGGCUCCCAUGACGGCAACCGGCAAGACUGACCGUCGACGACUACGCGAAAUUGGCCAGCAGUUGACAUUCGAAGAAAUCAUGGCGCUCAACUAUAAAAGCGGAGAGUAUAAACGUCCCACAAGUACCAUGGAGAGACGUUUGCAAAGUCUGUGGGCCUCCGUGCUUGGUGUUAGGGAGGACUCUAUCAGCGCGGAUGAUAGCUUUCUUCGGAUUGGAGGUGAUUCUAUCGGAGCUAUGAAGUUGGUAGGCAUCGCUCGGGAGGAGGGACUUGCACUUACCGUCACCAAUAUCUUCAAGCAGCCUAAGCUAUGCGAUCUGGCAAAGGUUGUUAGGCAGGUCUCUCGUGCUGACUGCGAGAUCAUCCAGCCAUUCUCGCUGUUGAAAUCCGGUACUGAUUCUGAGGCGGCUCGGGACCAGGUUGCCAAAUUGUGCCAGAUUGACAUCAGCUCAAUCGAAGACAUCUUUCCCUGCACCCCACUACAAGAAGGGCUUCUUGCAUUGACAGCUAAGAGAGCUGGUGAUUACGUUGCUCAGUAUGUGCUGCCUCUACAAAAGACGACCGAUGUCAGUCGUUUCAAAAGAGCUUGGGAAGCUGUGCUACAGAUGACUCCUAUUCUGCGCACCCGAAUCGUUGACCUCCCGGGCCAAGGCCUAGUACAGGUUGUGCUUAAGGAAAAUGCGAGUUGGUCUGAGUGCUCAAGCGUGAGCGAGUAUCAGCAAGCAGAUCAGAAACUUGUCAUGGGUAUGGGCAAGCGUCUUGUCCGAUACGCUGUCACCGAUGUACCUGAUUGCCACCAGCGUUUCGUCUUUGUAUGGACCGUACAUCACGCGCUCUACGAUGGAUGGUCCAUGCCACGUAUCAUGGAGAGGUUAGAGCAGGCUUACAAGGGGGACGUGGUUCUCCGGCAGGCUCCUCCAUUCCAGCGUUUUGUUAAACACAUUAUUAAUAUCGACGAGGAGCUUGCCAAGCAGUUCUGGCAAGCGCAGUUUGAAGAAUCGGAGGCACAGGUAUUUCCUGUGCUACCAUCACCCACGUAUCAGCCAACUGCAAAUUCGUCCACCACCCAUUAUAUCGAUUCCCUACACUGGCCCAAGACCGAUAUCACCGCGUCCACUGCCAUCCGCACAGCGUGGUCCAUCCUAGCUGCCAGAUACACAAACUCUAAUGAUGUGGUCUUUGGCGUCACAGUGAACGGUCGGCAUGCCGCUGUGCAUGAAGUAGACGAAAUGACAGGCCCUACUCUCGCAACCGUGCCUGUCCGAGUGGCCUUUGAUUGGGAGCAGACGGUUGAAUCAUGCCUCUGCCAGAUUCAGGAGCAAUUGGUAGAAAUGGCUGCGUUUGAACAGACAGGCCUGCAGAGAAUCCGCCAAAUUGGCGUCAAGGCCAAACAGGCCUGUAACUUUCAGACGCUUUUGCUGAUACAUCCCCCCGAAGAGGCUGUGCAGCUCGAAACCGAGAUUUUUGCUUGCAAAGACCAAGACAAUGAUGAUGAUGAUGAGGAGAAUCAACUCGCCCAAUUCGACACACAUGCCCUUACCAUUGAAUGUGACUUGGCACACCACGGCAUGACUUUGAGGUUUGAGUUUGAUAACAGCAUUAUGAGUAAACGUCAAAUCGAAAAACUGGCUGGCCAGAUUGAGCACGUCCUGCGACAGUUGUGCGACCCAGAACAAGGAAAGAUGCGGCUCACAGAUAUUGAGACGGUUAGCAAGGAAGACCUCAAAGACAUUUGGGGGUGGAAUGCUACUGUGCCGGAGACCGUGAAGACCCCGGUUCACGAAAUAGUCAUGGCCAUGUGCCAGAAACAACCUGCAGCUCCUGCAAUUUGUGCGUGGGAUGGUGACUGGAAUUACGGACAACUAGACGAUCUAUCGUCGCGCUUAGCUCAUUACCUCCGACAUCUUGGGGUGGGCCCCGAAGUCAUUAUUCCUCUGUGCUUCGAAAAAUCAAGAUGGAGUCCUAUUGCGAUUCUUGGUGUCAUGAAGGCUGGAGGGGUUUGUGUGACCAUGGAUUCGAACUUACCCGAGGAUCGCCUCGCCAGCAUUGUGCGGCAAGUCAAGCCAACACUAAUCCUUUCAUCCUUGGCAAAAAAGGGCCUGGCUACGCAGUUGUCGACCGGUAAGCCAGUGCUCGUCAUUGAUGAGAAGUUAUUUCUUUCUCCAGACACGCCGGCAUUGGAGCCCCUGCCAAAGGUGCAGCCUUCCAACACGCUUUACAUUGUUUUUACCUCCGGCAGUACUGGCACACCCAAAGGCGUGCGCAUCACGCAUUCCAACUUUAGCAGUGCUAUGCUGCACCAGCAUAGUGCUCAUAACUUUGACAGCAUAGCGAAUCCGCGGGUCUAUGACUUCGCAUCAUGUGCCUUCGAUACAUCUUGGCAGAAUAUGCUUGCCACGUUUGACUGUGGUGGAUGUUUGUGCAUUCCGUCAGAAGCCGAGCGGCGCGAUGACCUAGCUGGUUCUAUCGAACGCUUUGGAAUUACUCAUAGUGAGCUCACACCUUCUGCUGCCAUGGUGCUGCCUCUGUCAACGCUCAAGAAUCUGGAUACCUUGGUGCUUGGCGGCGAGAGACUUCAAGAAGAGUACGCUAAAAGAUGGGCAUCGCUGGUUACCGUAAAGAAUUCAUACGGCCCUAGUGAAUGCACUCCGACCUCUACCGUCGCAGAUGUCGACCCUGUCGAUUUCAACGGAGCAAGCAUCGGUAGAGGCAGAGGUGUUAACACAUGGGUCGUGGACACGACAACUGGCGAUUCUUUAGUGCCGGUAGGAAGCGUUGGCGAGUUGAUGCUCGAGGGACCACUCGUCGGGCCCGGGUAUUUAGGAGAUCCUGAAAAAACUGCCUCUGUCUUUAUCAACAACCCGCCUUGGCUUACUCGAGGAGCUCCGGAACAUGCUGGUCGUGAGGGCCGCUUGUAUAAAACUGGUGACUUGGUCUGCUAUAAUGAGGAUGGCACCCUGACAUUUAUCGGUCGUAAGGAUGCUCAGGUGAAGAUCCACGGUCAGCGCGUCGAAUUAGGCGAUAUCGAAAAUCAUAUUUUGCGCCAUCAUCUUACAAGGCAAUCGGCCUGUCUGCUUCCCAAGACUGGGUUUUGGGCAAACACUCUUGUCAGCGUCUUUAGCAUCCAAAAAAUCCAGCAAAGCUUUGACGAAGUCGAUGCCACCUCGGGUCAACAGACGCCGUCUCUCGCCAGCGACUACAUUGCAACCAUGCAAAGCAUCCUCGAAACCUCGCUUCCUUCCUACAUGAUUCCUACCCGGUGGAUCGCGCUCAAGGAAAUUCCACUCAACCCUUCCGGCAAGCUCAAUCGUAAGCAGGUUGAAAAUUGGCUCACUGAGAUGGAUCAGGAGACGUAUGCCAAGCUUUCUAGCAUUGAUAACAGUUUGGUUUGCCGCGAACCAGAAACCGAGGCGGAACGCGUUCUUCGAGAUGCGUGUAGCCUAAUUUUAAACGUACCAGCCUCUGAGAUUAAUCUUCAGCGCUCCUUUGUAACUAAUGGCGGUGACUCUAUUUCGGCGAUGCGGCUGAGCCCACACUGCCGUUCUAACAAUGUCGUCUUCUCGGUCGCUACCUUGUUAAAGGCUAGGUCUUUGGCUGAGGUUGCUAAGCUCUCCUCAGCAGUGACAAGUCUAAUACUCCCUCGGACCGAAGACUUUGACAAACCGUUCCAUUUAUCGCCAAUCCAGCAAUGGUUCUUCAAUCAGUCGCCCGAUUAUCUUGUUGACAAAGCAGGCCAUUAUUGCAACCAAUCAUUCUACGUCCGGAUCAACCAAGCAGUCAACGUAAAGGAAGUUGGAGUCGCUAUUUCCAAAGUUGUGGAGUUACACUCGAUGCUUCGUGCCCGCUUCCAGAAGCGAGACGAUGUCUGGACCCAGAGCAUCCCACAAGCCACCGAGGCCGUCUACCACUUUGAGGCUAUCAAGCUAAAAUCCAUGAGCGAGAUGCAAUCUCUUGCAGCUCAGCGUCAACAGAGUUUGAACUUUGAACGUGGUCUCGUGUUUUCUGCUGAUCUUUGCGAACUUGAUGCUGGAGAUCAAUACCUGGUUCUCAUUGCACAUCACUUGGUUGUUGACCUUGUCUCUUGGAGAAUAAUCUUGGAAGACCUCGAGACUCUUCUCACUGGCGGAACCUUGUUAGAAAGCCUCCCAUUCCAAAUCUGGAACGACCUUCAAUACCAAGAGGCCAAGAGCUCUAGAUAUGACCCAGACAACGUUUUAUCCACCAGGGGCAUCAGCAACGAUUUGGCCUUCUGGAAUUUUACAUCAGACACUCCGAAUGCAACACAAGACCAUACUGACAAGACAUUUAUAAUUGAUCGGCACAUCACUUCACUCACGUUAAAGGAAGCGAAUAACGCUUUUAAUACCGAUCCCGUCGACUUGCUCUUAUCAGCAGUGUGGGAUGCAUUCUUUCGCACCUUCCCGUCACGAGAUGGCCUCACACUGUUCAAUGAAGGCCACGGCCGUGAGCCCUGGAAUGCUGAAAUUGACCUAUCUCGAACAGUUGGUUGGUUUACCACGAUGAGCCCAAUACAUGUGUUACGAAGCAUCGGUAACAAUCCCGUCAACAUUGUAAGACUCAUCAAGGAUGCAAGACGGAAACUGCCCGCCAACGGAUGGGCCUAUUUUGUUUCUAGGCACCUCAACAUCAAGGGUGUUGAGGUUUUCGGUCCCCACGAUUCUGUCAUGGAGAUGGUUUUCAACUACCAUGGUCAGUUCCAACAGCUCGAACGGGAUCACUCCUUGUUCGACAGCAUAGCCCUUGACGACGUCUCUGACGUGGGGCCAAAUCUACCCGCUUCCUCCCUAUUUAACAUCAACAUGUCUAUUGAGGGCGGACAGACUCAUGUUUCAUUUGCUUGGAAUCGUCACAUCUCAAACCAGGGCCUCAUCCACGAAUGGAUUGACCAGAUAGGGCCUUCUUUGGGGGCCAUCUGUGAGAGCCUUAUAGGUAGGUCUAAUGAACGGACGCUCGUUGAUUAUGAGUUUCUGAGCCUGGACUACACCGCCUUGGAUGGCCUCCAGAACCGGAUCAUUCCAGAAAUCGAAAGCCUCAACGGCACGGAAGUAGAGGAUAUUUAUCCUUGCUCUCCAAUGGUGGAAGGUAUUUUACUGAGCCAAUUGAAAGACGUCGGGUUCUACGAAACAUCUCAGCUGUAUGAGAUCAAACCGCGUGGCUCUCAUGUCAUUAAUAUACGGCAGCUUUCUACGGCCUGGAAAGACGUGAUUGCCCGUCAUCCAUCUCUGCGAAGUAUCUUUAUUGAGAGCCUGGAUCCUGAUAUGGCUUUUAAUCAAGUUGUCCUUAAAGAGAUUCGCGGUGAUGUUGUCCUGCUGGAGAGUGAUGACCUCGAUUCAGCGCGAGCGCUGAUGCAAAACCUUCCCAAGGUCAAGUACCACAAGCUCAAGCCCCCUCAUCGCGUUUCUCUCUGCCAAGUCCACGACACGAAUAGUCUGCUUUGUCAAAUCGAGAUGAGCCACACUAUUACUGAUGGCGCAUCCACCGGGAUCCUCAUCGAAGAUUGGGCAAAGGCCUACAAGGGCGUCUUGGGCAAAGAUGACCUAAUCGAAACGAGUCGAGGAUUCGCACGAGCCUUAACUUCUAGUAUUUCGGAAAGCAAGAGGUCUUAUUGGAAGAAGAAGCUGGCCGGCCUUCAGUCCUGUCUAUUUCCCCAUCUGGAUAAGAUUUCCGAACCCUCAGAAGUGGUAUCCUGGUCAGUGGUAGAGAUAAGCGGCGAAGAAUUUGCUGCUAUGCAAAAGUUCUGCGAGUCUCACUCAAUCACCCCGGCCAGUUUAUUCCACGCAGCCUGGGCACUCACAUUGACGUCAUAUACUGGGACACAUAGUGUUUGCUUUGGUUAUAUUGCUUCAGGCAGAGACCUACCUGUCCCGGAUAUCGGGGAAGCUAUAGGCGCAUACGCCAACAUGAUGGUUUGCCGCGCAGACAUCUCACCUGACUGGAGCAAACAACGUUUCGUUCAAUAUCUCCACCACCAGGUUCUAGAAGAUAUGGGAUACCAACACUGCUCUCUGGCUGAUAUCCAACAUGAUUUGGGCAUUAUUUCUGGACAGCAGCUGUUCAAUACAAUCAUGUCUUUCCAGAAAGAUGUUGAUGAAGUUCAAGAAGGACCCAUUAGCCAAGAACUAGACUUUAUCGAUGAAGAUGGAGAUGACCCUACAGAAUACGAUGUUGCAAUCAGCAUAACCGUCGGUGCUAAGCUUGCGAAGCUAUUCAUCAAUUGCCUGCCAUCGCGAUUCAGCAAUGAGCAGGCCCACCGCAUCGUGUCGCUGUUUAAGACUGCCGUCACCAACCUGAUUGGUGACGACAUUCCCCAGAGCGAUGAGAGUACACUACGCAGCAUCAACCUGGUCAGCGAGGAUGACCUGAAAGAUAUCUGGCAAUGGAACUCAAUCGUGCCUGAGGCUGCGGAUUCAUGUCUUCAUAAUCUGAUCAGAACAACGGCACAAAGACAACCUGAAGCGUAUGCUGUUAAUGCAUGGGAUGGUAACUGGACAUAUGGCCAGCUGGAGCACAAUGCCACGCAACUAGCUUAUCAUCUCGCAGCCCUUGGUGUCGGACCUAAUGCUGUCGUCGCUAUAUAUGUUGAAAAGUCGCGCUGGACGUCGGUGGCUAUGUUGGCGGUCAUGAAACUCGGCGGAGCUUCAAUUAUGAUGGAUUCGUCUCAGUCGGAAAACAUUCUUCGCACCAUCAUGCAGCAAUCAAAGCCAGUGCUGCUACUUUCGUCGAGUUCAACUGCACUGUUCGCAGCCAAGCUUACAGAUCGGCCUAUUCUCGUUGUUAAUAACGAUCUUCUCGAAAUAUUGGCCAAAGCAGCUGCUGUUCCUCUCCCCGUUGUCCAGCCAUCAAAUAUGGCGUGUCUAGUGCUUUCCUCUGGAAGUUCUGGCCCGUCAAAGGUCGCAAUUUUGACACAUGCCAACCUUAGCAGCGCUGUGAAGUACCAGCAAGAUGCUCUGGGAUACAAGCCUAACUCGAGGGUCUACGAUUUCAUGCCAUAUAGCUUUCAUAUAACCUGGGAAAUUUUCACGCACGUAUUUACCAUCGGCGGUUGCCUUUGUGUUCCUUCAGAGUCUGAACAUAAAGGCGCCCUCGCGGAUUCGAUAUCCCGCUGGCAACCCACCAUCAUGAACAUUACCCCGUCAGCCGCUGCCAUGCUUUUGGAUAGCACUGUCCAGUCACUGGAGACGUUAGUAUUAUGCGGCGAACGUCUUUCACCAGAUAUAGCCAAGCGCUGGGCUCCGCUAGUAGACCUAAGGUUUACGUACGGCUGUUGCGAAUGCACCCCAAUAGCUACCGUGGGCAGUGUUCGCCCGGAGGAUGCUGAUGAGCCCAGAAUUGGCAGAGGCGUCGGUAUGAACACAUGGAUUACUGAUACACGAGAUGGUACAACCCUUGUGCCCAUUGGCAGCAUCGGGGAGCUUGUGCUGGAAGGACCAUUGGUUGGCGCUGGCUACCUAGGCGAUACCGAAACAACAGCAGCAGCCCUCAUUCACAACCCACAAUGGCUUAAACGUGGUAGUGGCGAUCCAAAAUACCCAGGCCGCACAGGCCAACUAUUCAGGACCGGUGAUCUAGUCCGUUAUAAUAAGGAUGGCUCCUUGACCUUUAUUGCCCGCAAGGAGGCCCAGGUUAAGAUCCACGGUCAACACGUGGAGCUAGAAGACAUUGAGAAUCACAUGGUGCGCCUGCCCUCGAUACGUCAAGCUGCUUGCCUGGUCCCGAAGUCUGGACCCUUUGCCGAUAAACUUGUCGGUGUCUUUAGUCUCGAUGGGAGCUAUGAGAGCGAUAGCAAUGCCGAUAAUGCUGAACUGCAUCUCAUGGCAAGAGACAAGGCCGAAGAGGUACAAGACAAUAUUUCGUCUCUACAGGCUUUGCUAGACAACUCAAUUCCUGUGUACAUGGUUCCAGAAGUCUGGGUAGCACUGAAGAACAUUCCUGUCGACCAUUCCGGCAAGCUGGACCGCAAGUUGGUUGACAACUGGCUUUCUAACCUUGAUGCGGAGAUGUCUGCCAGAAUUUCGAACGCCAUAUCGUCAGCCAGCAGUCCAGUCACCGCGACAGAGAGGGUGAUUCAAGACGCAUGCAGUCACGUUCUAAACAUUCCUGCCAACCAUAUCAAUAUGCAGCGAUCCUUUAUCGCCAACGGAGGUGACUCUAUAUCUGCAAUGCGUAUUAGCCCGUAUUGCCGCGCCUCUGGUAUUCUAGUGUCUGUUGCGUCACUACUCAGGAGUAAAAAACUCGUCGAUGUCGCCGAGUCUGCAACUGUUGCCAAGGGUCCGUCUCUAUCCCGAGAGGAAGACUUUGACAAGCCUUUCAGCCUCUCACCAAUACAGCAGUGGUUCUUUGCCCAGUCCCCGCCAGACAAGGUAAACACCACAAGCUAUUACUGUAACCAGGCCUUUUAUGUUCAAAUUAAGCGCCCGGUGUCCCCAGAUGGAGUCUCCCUUGCUCUUCGCAAGAUUGUUCAGGAGCACUCUAUGUUAAGAGCACGAUUUCACCUGGAUGAAACGAAGGGUUCCUGGACGCAAUUGAUCCCAAAGCCAAGCGAUGCACUUUAUCAUUUUGCAUCUUUGCAGGCCGACACCCUUCCCGCAGCCCAGUCAAUAAUAUCUCAGCGCCACCAAGAGCUGGAUAUUGAGCGUGGGUUGGUCUUUGCCGCUGACUUGUUCACUCUCCCAUCCAGCGAGCAAUACCUCGCACUCAUUGCUCAUCAUUUAGUUGUCGACUUGGUGUCCUGGCGUAUCAUAUUAGAGGAUUUAGAGUCCCUUCUCAACGGUGGUACGGUCCUCGAAGAGCUACCCUUCCAAGUCUGGCAUAGUCUUCAGAAACAAGAAGCUCAGUCGCCAAACUUUGCGCCUGAGAGGGUCUUGUCCAGCGAGGUUCACAAUGAGCUCGAGUUCUGGAACUACACUCCAACCACCCCCAAUACCUUCGAUGACCAUAUCGAGGAAUCCUUCGAGGUCGACUGUGCGACAACUGCGAUUUUGCUUAAAGAAGCUAAUAAGGCAUUCAAUACCGAGCCAGUUGAUAUCAUUCUGGCGUCGGUUUGGGAUGCAUUCUUUAAGACCUUUAAAAUGCGUAAUGGCCUCACAAUCUUUAAUGAAGGUCACGGCCGAGAGCCAUGGGGGGCUGAAAUCGAUCUAUCCCGAACUGUUGGUUGGUUCACCACAAUGACUCCGAUGCACGUAUCGCGUGAUCACACGAGGAACAACAGUGCGAGAGUCGUCAAGGAUAUUAGAAGGCAAUUACCCUCAAAUGGCUGGGCCUACUUCACCUCGCGCUAUCUCAAUGAUGAGGGUAUCAAGGCCUUUGAGUCUCAUGAUUGUGUCAUGGAAGUGCUUUUUAACUACCAUGGUCAGUUUCAGCAGUUGGAAUCCGACGAGUCCUUGUUUGAGAAUGUCGCAUUCGAUAUUUUCGACGUCGGCAAUGAUCUUCCUGCCUCUGCACUCUUCAGCAUCAAUGCGUCCAUUGAAGGUGGCUUAACCAAAUUUACUUUCUCUUGGAACCGAUACAUCAGCCACCAGGAUCUCAUCCGAGACUGGAUCGCGCAGGUUGCUCCCUCCAUGCAGGCUCUUUGCAACUCCCUAUUGGCCUGCCAGCCCUCGCUCACUAUUUCGGACUACGAAUUCUUGAAUCUAGACUACAAGGGCCUCGAUGAGCUGCAGAAUCGUAUUCUUCCUGCCCUACAGUCUGAAACAGGCACUACCGUCACCGACAUCUAUCCUUGCUCGCCGAUGGUUGAUGGCAUGCUACUUAGUCAGAUAAAGGACCCGGAAGCUUACAAGACGUUGCUCACGUAUGAGUUGAAACACCACAAUAGCCUGCAGCUGCUUAACAUUGACGUACUGGCCAAGGCGUGGCAAGCCGUUGUCGCGCGCCACCCAGCCCUCCGCAGUGUUUUUAUCGAAGGUGUCGACAAGAAGACAGCCUUUGUUCAGGCCGUACUCGAGACAUACCAAGGAGAGAUAAUAAUAUGUGAGGCCGAAAACAGGACAGCGGCUGUGAAUAUGAUUCGGAAAUUACCUUCGGUUGACUACCAGCGGCUCAAACCAGCUCACCGUCUAGUUCUCUGCACGGCUAGGGAUGCCAACACAAUCAUCUGCCAGAUUGAAAUGAGCCACACAAUCGUUGAUGGUGCAUCUACCACCAUAAUGUUAAAUGACUGGUCAAUGGCAUAUAGCGGAAUCUUGGGCACAGAAACUUUAGCGGAGACGAACCGCAACUUUGUCCGGGCUCUCAAGUCCAGUUCUCUGGCCAACAAGAUGGCAUAUUGGAGCAAAAAGCUAGCCGGCCUGGAGCCAUGUCACUUUCCUAUUCUCUCUGACGCGCCUUCUCCUGGAAACUCCAUCGCUAUGGUUAGUACUGAUCUCGACGGCAACGACUUUACACGCAUACAGCGCUUCUGUGAAUCCGAAUCUGUUACCCCUGCGAGCAUAUUCCAAAGUGCCUGGGCGAUAUUGCUAUCAACUUACACUAGCAAUAGUUCUGUGUGCUUUGGAUACAUUGCCUCUGGCCGUGAUCUACCUAUUGAUGGUAUCGCAGAGUCUGUCAACGCUUACGCUAAUAUGAUGAUUUGCCGCACUGAUGUGUCGCGCCAUUGGACUCCGCGGCAGUUUGUUAAGCGUCUUCACGAUCAAGUCCUAGAAGAUCUUGACUUUCAGCACUGCUCUCUUGCUGAUAUACAGCAUGACCUUCGGCUCUCUCCCGGAUACCCAUUAUUUAAUACUAUUGUUUCUUUUCAAAAGGACGAUGCAGACGCCGCAGACGACGUCGCUGUCGCAGAUUUGGUUUUUGUUGACAUGGAUCACGAGGAUCCUACUGAGUACGACAUUUCCUUCGACAUCAGCUAUGGCAAGUCCCAAGUGGCAUUUUCACUCGACUACCGCUUGUCUUGCCUGACAAACGAACAGGCCGAGCGUGUCAUUUCGCUCUUGAGGGUCAUCACCAUGUCAAUUGUUAAUGAAAAGACAGCGUCAGCCACCCUCGCUUCUAUUGACAUGGUUAGCGAAGAAGAUCUUGAGCAGAUAUGGAAGUGGAACUCUGUUCUUCCCGAGAAGGUGGAAGCCUUGGUACACGAUUUAAUAUCCGACACAGCGCGUAAAUUCCCCAACGCCCCGGCCAUCUGUGCCUGGGAUGGCGAUUGGACUUACCAGCAGUUGGAUACCCUUUCCACAAACCUCGCUUACGAAUUAGUAAAACUCGGCGUCGGUCCUGAGCACAUGGUUCCGCUCUGCUUUGAAAAGACUCGCUGGACACCUAUAGCAAUGCUUGCAGUUAUGAAAGCCGGUGGCUCAAGCGUGGCGUUGGACACCUCCCUCCCUGAGGAGCGUCUGCGCAUCAUCAUGCAGCAGGUCAAGCCAACGAUUAUCCUUACUUCAUCAACCAGCCAGGAUCUCGUGAGUCGCCUCACUACAGGCCUCGUCUUCACAGUUGACGAGGCGAAUGUGGCUCGUCUGGAAACGCGUCCCAAUCCAGCUAUGAUCCUUUCCGAUGUGACGCCUUCCAACACGCUAUAUGUUGUGUUCACCUCUGGCAGUACUGGAACUCCAAAGGGCGUUACUAUUAAUCACUCAAACUUUGCCAGUUCCCUCCGCCAUCAACGCGGCGCACAUAACUUCAAGGCUGGUGCUCGAGUCUAUGACUUUGCAUCGUAUACAUUUGACGUGUCUUGGCAAAACGUGCUUAGUGCUCUCGAAUGCGGUGCAUGCCUUUGUAUCCCAUCAAACUCAGAGCGUCAGAACGAUCUAGCCGGCUCGUUAGAGAGAUUCCAGGUCUCCCACGCGGAAAUGACUCCCUCAGCUGCUCAGCUUCUGCCGGCAAGCGCGAUAAAGCGAUUAGAUACGCUGAUUCUUGGUGGCGAAGUGCUUUCGCCCGAACUGGCCAAGCAUUGGGCCAGUAUGGCAAAUGUCAAGAACUCAUACGGACCCUGCGAGUGCACACCAACAACGACCGUGGCAACUAUUGACCCAGACAAUGUUCAAGUGGCUAGCAUUGGUCGUGGUUUUGGUGUCAAUACGUGGGUCGUGAGCACCACGGGUGAUUCUCUUGCCCCUGUGGGAAGCACUGGUGAGCUGUUCCUCGAAGGCCCGCUAGUUGGUCCUGGCUAUCUCGAUGAUGCCGAGCGUACAGCUGCAUCUUUCAUUGAAAACCCGUCUUGGCUGCUUCGUGGCUCAGCAACCCAUCCCGGACGGAAGGGACGCCUGUACAGGACUGGCGAUCUUGUGCGUUACCAGCCUAACGGCAGCCUAACAUUCAUUGGCCGUAAAGAUAGCCAAAUCAAAAUUAACGGUCAACGUCUAGAGCUGGGUGAUGUCGAAUACUAUAUCAGCUCAAAUAUUACUUAUGGAGGCGACGUUCGAGUGGUUGUGGACGUGGUCAAGCCUCAAGACAGCGAAAGAUGUGCUCUAGUUGCUUUCUUGGGCGUAGAGGAAACAUCUGCAGACUUGGACAAGAUUAUCGCUGGUCUGGCUGACAGACUCGCCGCGCAGGUGCCUGCAUACAUGAUACCCUCUGCAUACAUGCUGCUCGAGAGCAUCCCAAUGACGGCUUCGGGAAAGACGGAUAGACGAAAACUCCGCGCCAUGGCUGAGAAACUGACAAGAGUCGAGCUCAUGGCCCAUGGCCCAACCCAGGCGACAAGACGAGCGCCAACGACGCCAAAGGAGAUUCAGCUUCAAGGACUUUGGUCCACUGUGCUUGGGAUUCCACGGGAGAUAAUUAGCUCCGAAGACAGCUUCUUGCGAAUUGGAGGAGAUUCGAUUGGCGCCAUGAAACUUGCUGGUUUGGCGCGAGAUACUGGCCUUUCCAUGACCGUCACCGACAUCUUCCGCCACCCGUGCCUGAGUGACCUCGCUAAAACUAUUCGCAACUCAUUCGGCAAUGAACAUGAAGCCUUGCUGCCAUUUUCUUUGCUUUCAAGCAAGCGAGACGCGCUAGAGUGGCAAGCCCAGAUUGCCCAGCUCUGCGACGUCAGCGCAUCGCUUGUUGAAGACGCAUUCCCCUGCACACCCUUACAGGAAGGCCUUUUGGCUCUUACCUUGAGACGCUCCGGUGACUAUGUGGCUCAAAAUAUCUUCGAGCUCAAGCCGGAUAUCAGUAUCUCUCGUUUUCAGCGUGCCUGGGAGCACGUCAUUGCAACAACGCCAAUUCUUCGAACACGAAUUGUCGAUCUUCACACUCAAGGUCUAGUUCAAGUUAUUAUCGCAGAAGAACCGAAAAUGUGGCCAGAACCUACCAGCACUAUUCUCUACCAAGAAGCAGAUAGGAAGCUGGGUAUGGGCCUGGGUACACCUCUCAUGCGGUAUGCUAUCACCAAAGACUCUCAUGACCGCCGUUGCUUUAUUUGGACUGUACACCAUGCCUUGUAUGACGGGUGGUCAAUGCCACUGGUCUUUGAGAGACUAGAGAUGGCAUAUAAUGGAACAGUUCUACAACCGCCGCCGCCGUUCCAGGACUUUGUCAAGUUUAUUGGUGGUGUCGAUGACGGCGAUGUUGAAGGGUUUUGGACGUCGCAGUUUGACCAAAUCCAGGCUCAAGCAUUCCCAUCACUGCCUUCGCCAGUAUACCAGCCACGCUCAGACGCUGGUAUUUCGCACCGAAUCAAAGAUCUGGCGUGGCCAAAGACAGAUACAACCGCAUCGACUGCUGUUCGCGCCGCACUAUCAAUCCUUAUUGCGUCGCACUCCGACUCUUCCGAUUCACUCUUCGGUGCGACAGUCACUGGUCGACAGGCUCCAGUACCUGGAAUUGAAAACAUGACGGGCCCGACAAUUGCUACCGUGCCAAUUCGGGUGGCCGUUGACAGAGAAUGCACCGUCAAGCAGCUUUUGCAGCAAGUGCAAGCCCAAGUCAUUGACAUGACGGCAUUCGAACAAACAGGUCUGCAGAGAAUUCGAAGGGUCAACGCAUCUGCCAAGCAAGCUUGCGACUUUCAAACACUACUGCUUAUUCACCCGAUUGAGGAACCCGGCAAAUCCACAAGCUUUCUCUUCGAUGGCGCAGAAGACGAAGAGGACGUGGACGGAGACGAAAUUGUCGAUGAGUCCUUUGCAGGAUUUGACACCCAUGCUAUCACGAUUGAAUGCGACCUUGAGAACAGUGGCGCGCUGCUUCGCUUCAGAUUCGACUCUCAAGUGAUCAAGAAGUCUGAGGUAGAGAAGCUCGCGGCCCGAUUUGACCUGAUUCUGCGCCAACUUUGCGACCCUGAUAUGGCUCAGCUCAAGAUUUCCGAUAUUGACACGGUCAGCCCCCAGGAGCUAAAGGAGAUUUGGGACUGGAAUUCCGUCGUCCCCGAGACUACUAAUUACGCCGUGCAUGACUUAAUUGCCGAGAAUGUCUCUAAGUAUCCUGAUUCUCCGGCAGUCUGCGCGUGGGACGGUAACUGGACAUAUCAUCAACUUGACUCUAUCGCCACACGCAUCGCCCGCCGCCUGGUUAGUCUAGGCAUCGGUCCCGAUGUCAUCGUGCCUCUUUGCUUUGAGAAGUCUCGCUGGAUGCCUGUAGCGAUGCUAGCUGUUAUGAAGGCUGGAGGCGCAUCGGUCGCUUUAGAUACCACAUUGCCUUCGGAGCGACUACGCAGUAUAUUGCAACAAGUCAGCCCGUCCUUGGUUCUGGCGUCUUCUUCGAGCCAAAGGCUCGCGGAGGGCUUGACCGAUCAACCGAUAUUGGUCUUGGGCGAAGGAUCCCAAGAGGAAUUUGACGAACCUGCCCUGCAGACGCUCCCUCAAGUUGAGCCCUGGAACAAACUUUACCUUGUGUUUACAUCAGGUAGCACUGGUGUUCCAAAGGGAGCCAUCGUCACUCAUUCUAACUUGAGUAGUGCUAUCCGCCAGCAACAAGCUAUUACAGGCUUUAGCAAGUCUUCCCGCGUAUUUGACCUUGCCAAGUACGCUUUUGACAUUAGCUGGUCAAAUUUUAUCCAUACCAUGGCUGCUGGGGGCUGCCUUUGUAUACCUUCACAGCAAGAGGCUCUCGACAAUAUUACCGGCUCGAUUCUGGCUUACAAUGCAAACUUCAUAGAUAUUACGCCGUCUGUUGCCAGUACACUACGGCCAUCAGACUUGAGAUGCCUCAAAACCGUUGUUUUUGCUGGCGAGGCACUUACCAACCACCAAGCCUCCCAGUGGUCAAAGCAUGCGCGUGUGCUUAAUAUGUACGGUCCGGCAGAAUGCACAGUAAAGGCCACAUUGGCCGAACUCGACGGGACUUGCUCAUCUUCAGCAGCUAGCAUUGGUCGCGGCGUCGGUUUGUGUACUUGGGUCGUAGAUCUUUCAAAUCACGACAAACUCUCACCGGUUGGGACAGUUGGAGAAUUGGUAUUGGAAGGGCCGCUCGUGGGAUCGGGCUAUCUUGGCGAUGCCGCAAAAACUGCAGACGCCUUUGUCGAAAGCCCAGCUUGGCUACUCCGUGGCGGACCGGGCCACCAAGGUCGCAGAGGACGCGUAUACAAAACUGGUGAUCUCGUCCAGUACAAUGUCGAUGGUAGUUUGACAUUCGUCGGUCGAAAGGACGACCAGGUCAAGAUCAACGGCCAGCGUUUGGAACUUGGCGAUGUGGAACACAAUCUUGCAUCGAGCCUAAACGCCACUUCGAAAAUCCAACUUGCGGCGGAGGUAAUAACGCCUCGAGAUGGCGAAAAUGCGAUGCUAGCUGCUUUUAUACAGUCAUCCGGACAACUUGGAGAUUUCGAGUCGGAGAUGCGCACACUGACAGCGGGCCUCAACGAUCGCCUUGCGUCCAAGGUUCCUGGAUACAUGAUCCCUUCGGCCUACAUCAUGGUAGACAAGCUGCCGCUUUCCGCCACCGGGAAGCUGGACCGCAAGCAGCUCCGCGCUAUGGGGGCGAAACUGACUCUGUUGGAGCUCAUGUCUUCGACCGAGCCACAGCCAGAACGCCGGCCGCCGUCUACCCCUAUGGAGCUGUGCCUGCAGAAGCUUUGGGCUCACGUCCUUGACCUCAAUGCCGAAGAAAUCAGUGCGGAUGAUAGCUUCCUUCAUCUUGGCGGUGACUCGAUUCAGGCCAUGAAACUCGCCCAGCGAGCCCGGAGCCAAGGUUUCCACCUUGCUGUUGCCGACAUUCUCAUGGGCCCUAAACUGUCGCAGAUGGCUUCCCGCCUGGAAUGUUUAGACGGGAAGUCGGUUGCGCAUGCACUCGAGUAUCGCCGAUUUUCGCUAUUGCCGCCAGAGAGCCGACCAGAAAUCGAGCAGAUCUUGGUCGAACACGGCAUCUCGACAGAUAGCGUGCAGGACAUCCUGCCCGUUACCGACCAGCAGGCCCGAUAUCUACUUACAACUUACACAACGGCCCGUAGCGCUGUGUACUACCACACGCUAGAUCAUGACGGCGAUUUCGACCUUGGCCGAAUGCAGCACGCUUGCGCUAGUCUCAUUAGACGUCUUGACAUGAUGAGAACCGUCUUCAUUGCAUACAAGGAUUCAUUCCUGCAAGCCGUGCUAAUGAAUCUGGAUUUAGAUGUUGGUGUGUUUGAAACCGCGACGAGUAGCUUGGAUGGAUACACUUUGGAGUUGAAGAAGCAAGAUUUGCUCUGCGAUCUGCAGUUCGGAAAACCGCUCACGAAGAUUCGCGUCAUUCGUCAGACACGAGAGCAAAAGUAUCGUAUUGUAAUACGCCUAUCCCAUGCACAGUAUGACGGCACGGCGCUCGCCAAGAUGUGGGCUGCCUUUGAAGCCGCAUACAAGUCGGCUCCUCCAGGCGACGCAAAAACAAGUUUUUCGCACUACAUGUACACUCUAUCGCUCGUCAAUAAGGAAAAGGCGACUGAGUACUGGCGGACCAUGCUCCAGGGAAGCACUCGAACAGCCAUCAAACAUCAGACGACUCACCGUCUCGGGUAUGGACUCGGUCCGAACAUUGUCAAGACUCUCCCAGCAUCCAGCCUGCAAUCCGAGGACUUUACCUUUGCUACCGUCCUAAAGGCUGCGUGGUCGUAUGUCCUCGCAAGAUAUUCAGCCACCGAAGACGUUGUAUUCGGCAACCUCGUACACGGUCGCAACCAGCCAGGCACGCAAGACAUCUUCGGCCCCUGUGUAAACAUUGUCCCAGCCCGCGUCGUUUUCCAACAAGAUUGGUCUGCCAGGGACCUAAUUGCUGCAGUCAAUGCCCAGCAAGCGGCAAGCAUACCAUUUGAGACAAUGGGCUCCCGAGACAUCAUUCACAACUGCACAAGCUGGCCGAAAUGGGCUUUUUUCAGCUCCGUCAUUACACACCAGAACUACGAAGACCGCCAGACGGAAGAGUCCUCGGUCGAUUUCGACAGCGCCGACCUGUCGACGGGCGACAUUGACAGUGUCGAGGUAUACAUCACCUCGACGCCGGGCGCAGACGGCACCGAUAUCGACCUUACCUUUACGGACAAUGUCAUCUCCCACAGCCUGGCGCAGCGGCUCGCGUCGGAUCUGGCCGACACCAUCAUCCAGUUCUACAGGGCCAUGGACGCAAAACUCCUGGCGCCGCGCGACAUUCGCAGCCUGCCGGCCUUGCUGCCCCUGCCGGCCGACCCUGACGUCGCCUUGGCUCCGCCGACGGACGAGCAGAUGGCGGCGCUGCGUGGCUGUCCUGCCAAGUUGAGGAAUGCUCUUGGCGCGGCGUGGAAAGAUGUCCUCGGCCUGCGGACCGUGCCUGGCAACGAAUCUACAGAGUCGUUUUUCGAACUAGGUGGCGACGGCAACAAUGCCGGCCAAUUGGCCGCUCACAUGCAACGGCAGGGCUACAGGCUCAGAAUUGAAGAUGUUUUUGAGCACCCUACGUGGUUUGAACUCUUGCUUCAUAUGGUGAGGCAGUAG